UGUACCACGUUAUCUUCUGAACUCGAUCUCAGUUGCUGUUGUUAGACUCUGGGCCAAAUUGGUAGCAGUUGCAGAAACUCUGCGCUUCUACACCGCAAUGAUGUUUGACCCAUUUAACCCAAGCCCAGAACCGGCUAUUGAAAGUGAUGAGGAUACUAUGUCACCACGUGAAAGGAAUGCCUCAACCGAUGUUAACAGCAUGACCUUGUCAUCAGAGCACUCGUUUACUCCGCCUUCCUCUACUGACCAGAAUGACCUGUCCUCCAUGACUGGGGAAGAGUACCGGGAGGAUAACGGCAAUAGUGCGGAAUGCAAUAGCUCAAUUGAGACAGACAUGACAGUGUUAAGAGAGCCCUACCGUGAGGAAAAUGCGGAGGGACCAUUUAACCCAAGCCCAGGACCAGCUAUUGAAAGUGAUGAGGAUACUGUGCCACCACGUGAAAAAGAUGCUUCAAGUGUCGUUAUCAGCAUAACCACAUCAUCAGAGCACCCGUCCACUACACCUUCCUCAAGUGACCGGAAUGAACUACCCUCUAUGAAUGGGGAAGAGAACCAGGAAGAUAACGGCAGCAGUGCGGAAUGCAAUAGCUCAAUUGAAACAGACAUGACAGUGUUAAGAGAGAGUUAUCGUGACGACAAUGCUGAGGGACCAUCUAGCCCAAGCCCAGCACCAACUUUUGAAAGUGAUGAGGAUACUGUGCCCCAACGUGAAAAAGAUGCCUCAAGCGACGUUGACAGCAUGACCCCGUCAUCAGAGCACUCGUCCACCCCACCUUCCUCUACUGAUGAGAAUUGCCUACCCUUUAUGCCUGGGGAAGAGAACCAGGAAGCUAAAGGCAGUAGCGCGGACUCCAAAAGCUCAAUUGAGACAGACAUAACUGUCCUGGAAGAGCCCUACCGUGGCGACAAUCGUGAGGGACCAUUUAUCCUAAUCCCAGGACCAGUUAUUGAAAAUGAUAAGGAUACUGAGCCACCACUUAACAAAGAUGCCUCAACCGAUGUUAACAAUAUGACCACGUCAUCAGAGCACUCGUCGAGUCCUCCUACCUCUACAGGCCAGAAUAACCUACCCUUCAUAACUAUGGAAGAGUACCGGGAAGAUAACGGUAAUAGUGCGGAAACAAAAAGCUCAAUUGAGACAGACAUGACUAUGCUGGAAGUGCCAAACCGUAGCGAAAAUCGUGAGGGACUAUUUACCCUGAGCCCAGCACCAGCUAUUGAAAGUGAUGAAAAUACGGCACCACCACGUAAAAAAGAUGCCUCAAGCUACGUUAACAGCAAGACCACGUCAUCAGAGCACUCGUCAACUCCGCCUUCCUCUACUGACCAGAAUUACCUAAACUCUAUGACUGGGGAAGAGUACCAGGAAGAAAACGGCAGUAGUGCGGACCCGAAAAGCUCAAUUGAGACAGACAUGACUGCGCUUGAGGACCCCUACCGUAGCGACAAUCGUGAGGGACCAUGUAUCCUAAGCCCAGCACCAGCUAUUAAACGUGCUGAGGAUACUGUACAACCGCGUGAAAACGAUGCGUCAACCGACGUCAGUAGGAUGACCAUGUCAUCAAAGGACUCCUGCAGUCCUCAUUCUCCUACUGACCAAAAGGACCUCCCCUGCAUGAAUGGAAAAGAGUACCAGGAAGAUAACAGUAGUAGUGCGGAAUCAAAAUGCUCAAUUGAGACAGACAUGACUGUGCUGGAAGUGCCUUACCGUGGCGACGAUCUUGAGGGACCAUUUACCCUAAGCCCAGCACCAGCUAUUGAAUGUGAUGAGGAUACUGUGUCACCACGUGAAAAAGAUGCCUCAAGCAACGUUAACAGCAUGACCACGUCAUCAGAGCAUUUUUUCAGUCUUCUUUCCUCUACUGACCAGAAUGACCUCCCGUUCAUGACUGAGGAAGAGAACCGGGAAGAUAAUGGCAGUAGUGCGGAAUGCAAUAGCUCAAUUGAGACAGACACGAUAGUGUUAAGAGAGCUUUGCCGUGACGAAAAUGCUGAGGGACCAUAUAACCUAAGUCCAGGACCAGCUAUUAAAAGUGAUGAGGAUAUUGAGCCACAACGUGAAAAGGAUGCCUCAACCGACGUUAACAGCAUGACCACGUCAUUAAAGCACUCGUCUACUUCACCUUUCUCCACUAAACUGUUCCUCCUGCCCUUUACGACCCCGAAAAGGUGCCGGGAAGAUAAUGGCGACGAACGUAGACGAACAGUUUGGAAAUCAAAGGAAUGUUUUGAAAAUCAAGAGAGAGUAUUGAAGGUGACUCUCCUAGCCAGUGAGUGGAGUUCAUCGAUGGGAGGCUUGUCCACCAUAAACAGACAGCUUGCCAUUCUUCUGGGAAAACGUAAGGAAGAAGUAAGCGUUACUUUCCUUGUCCCACAAUUUGCUUGUUCUGAAGAAGAGAAGAGAUGUGCACGAAGUCAAAAUGUUUUCGUGAGAGAAGCGGAGAAGCGUCCAGCCUUUAGUAAUUCUCUUGAUUGGUUGAAUUUCCCACCGACAGACCUUGAUAUUGACAUUGUACUGGGUCAUGGAGCAAAGCUUGGUAAGCAAGCCCAAAUUAUCAGAGUAAAUCGUGGUUGCAAGUGGAUUCAAGUGGAGCACACUGCACCGGAAGAACUUGGAAUACAUAAAGAGUAUGAUAUGGCUAUUUCCAAAGGAGAAGAGAAGAAGGAAGAUGAAGUGGAAUUGUGUAAGUUGGCAGAUGCUGUUGCGGCGGUGGGACCAAAGUUGACCAGGGCUUACUCUUCCUACCUGCGCUCAAGUGAGAAGCACCAACAUAUAAUUCAACUGAUGCCAAGCACGUUCAGUGAGUUUUCAAACGUAAAACAAGCUACAAACGAAAUGAAAGAGUUUAAGGUUUUAACGUUUGGCCGUGGUGAUCCAGAGGACUUCAGUCUGAAAGGCUACGAUAUCUCUGCGAGGGCGAUAGCUGAACUGAGAGACAAAUCAUAUCGUCUGAUCCUCGUAGGUGCACCUGAAGGGAAGCAGGAUGAGGUUGCAGAAAAACUAUUGAAAAGUGGAAUUAGUAAAAAUCAGCUGACUGUGAGAAAGUUCGUGCAAAGCAAGGAUAUAUUGAAGGAAUUAUUUUGUGAGGUGGACCUCUGUAUUAUGCCAUCUAGAACCGAGGGGUUCGGCUUGACGGCUCUGGAAGCCAUGUCCGCUGGUCUUCCCAUUCUUGUCAGUAGCAACUCAGGAUUUGGUGAAGCACUGUGCACUAUAUCAUCAGGAGAAUCAUUCGUGGUGGAGUCCGAGGAGCCUAAGGAGUGGGCAAAGGCAAUUGAUGGUGUCCGACAGAAGAAAAGAGCACACCGACUUAAAGAGAUUCAGCAACUGCGAGCUGCAUACGAGGAGAAGUUCAGCUGGGAAAUAUUGUGUGACACUCUAUUGAAUAAGAUGCGGGAAUUAGUUAAUGAAGCACGUCACAUUCGUGAGGAAAGACAAACCGCACCCAUUUGCCAGAGCUCUCUCUCUGUCAAACGCUUGGAAUACGUAAAACGCUCAGAGCAUCGUUCUCAUCUAACCAACGGUUUUCAAUAUAAGGAAAGCAGUGGUGCUGAAUGGAAAACCUCUUGCGUGACAGACAACACAGCGUUGAAAAAGCCCCACUGUGGUGAAAAUGCUCCGGGACUAUUUAACCGUAACCCAGGACAAACUGCUGAAAGUGAGGUAGAAAGUGUGCUUCCACGUAAAAAUGAUGCCUCACCCUUCGUGAACAGCAUGACUUCGUCAUCAGAGCACUCGUUCACUCCACCUUCUCCCACCGAGCAGAAUGACCUGCCCUCUAGGACUAGGAAAGAGUACCGGGAAGGUAAUCGAAGAGUGGUAUGUAUGUACGACAACAACCACUAUGAAACUCAAGAUGCGGAUUUGAAAAGCUCAAGUGAGAGAGACAUCCCAGAGUUGGAAGUACAAGCUAUUGAAAGUGAUGAAGAUACACUGCCUCCAGGGCAAAAGGAUGUUUCAGUACGCAUUAACAGCAUGAGCUUGUCCCCAGAGCACUUGUCCAUUCUACCUUCCUCCACUUACCAGAAUAACCUGCCCUUUACGCGUACGACCAGGAAAGGGUACCCAGAAGAAAGUGGCGAGAUUGGGUGUAUGUACAACAACGACCAAUGUGAAACUCAAGAGGCAGAUCGCCCCUUAUUUUUGUCCAUCAAUGAGAAAUUUUACUGCGUACUGUUCUCUGUGGAUGAUAAUGUUUUUUCUUCAGCAUUUAAAAGCAUCCCCUUUAGCGGUGCUGAUUUAAUCAUUAUACAAAGACAAAAAAAGUGGAGUGAGGAAAAUUUAAAGGAUACUUUAAGGAAGAUGUGUGGCCUGAACACAAGAUUGAAGAAGACUAACUACAUCAUUGUUGUGAGAGAAAAAGAUGAAUCCUUAACACAAACCCUGGAGGAAUGUACCCCCGGAGGGAAGGCUUACACCAUGUAUGUGGCCUGGAGUAGAAGACCUGUGAAAGCUGGCUCCGGACUGACAGAUGUCGUUGAAAAAAAUUGUGUCAUUUUUGUUGGCCCGCCUUCGAAAAGUGCUACAAAUUGGUUUGUGGCUGAGACUGAACAAGAUUUUAUGCGGCACAUCAUAAAGCUUUUCGCGCCUCCAGGAGGGGUUGUCUUGGAGUUUGAUAAUUCAGAUGCUCAAGUGAGCUCCUGCUUAAUUAACACCAUCGGUUCAAUGGAAUGUGAACCUGCUACCCUUAUAUGAUGACGAAAGGCCUGUUUCUGCGUUUAGGAGAGAAGCUGAAGCCGCGACCCACACAGGAGUAGAGAAUUUUUCUGGCAAGACGUUUGUGAUGUAGAUUUACAAUCACCUCCAAUAAUUCUUGAAGUGAAGGUUCCGAAUACAUCAGUGGGGUUAACCCUUAGCUAUAAAACGGUAAACAAAGUUAGCUGUUAGACGUAAAGAUUGACAAAUGUUAACCGUUCGUUGGAGAAAAAGUUUACCGUAGUUUUUUUUUUAUUUUAAAGGUAACGUAAAUAAAUUUGUUAGCAGUAAGGUGGCCAAAAGUUUCACUGAUAACCUUAAAAGUCAUCACCCUAUUAAGACCCUCUUAUUAAACAAUGUUUGAUACGUAUUUGCACUCAUGAGUACCACUCGAGUAUUAUGAAGACAUUUCCACGGACCCAGUUUAGCUUAUAAUGUUUGUAACAUUUCGUCCACGUGAUUGAGUAUUAAA